GCUCACUUUCUGUACCUGACUAGAGGAUUUUAAGCCUCCACACACUGAACCGAACCAUUUUUUUUUGGUUUGGUUGGUGGAGACCUCCAUCUUUGUCAAGGGUCACGACUUAUACGCGCAGAGAGCAUUCCUCUAAUGUAGAACAUUGAUGUUUUACUCAGACAGUAUUGGGCCGUCCAGCCCCUGGAGAUCAUUUUUUCUCUCUAAUUACAUGGCUUGGGGAGGAUAGAGUGAUGGCACUAGUGUCAGGUUUACUCGAGAGGAAUUGAAUAUAAGGAUUCGAGGAUAUCCUCUUGAGCAGAUAGUAUCACCAUCCCUCGUCCUUUUACAUCUCCCUCAAGAGUAAUAUUCCAUAACUUGGUCUCCCUCUGAGAUUCCUCUCUUUUUCAUCCUUCAGACAAGCAAUAUACUGAAUACCAUCAAACAUCAAACAACAACAGCAACAAUGGUCGCCUGUACCUAUCACAAUGCGUCUUCGUACGCCCCAGUGUUUCCAUCUCCUCUCAACCCCACGAACCAUGGACCCGAGAACAAAUAUGCCACAGCUUCAGGACGCAUUGUGCGCCGAAGAAGAAGUCGACGAGGCCCUCCUGGCUCUCACACUCUCACUCAACGACUCCUCCGCGUAAAGGCAGCGGAUGCUUGGAGAGGACAUGUUCUGAGCGCUCAGGUUGUUCAGUACGAAUAUGCUGAAGCUGCUGUCAUGGGAUAUAAAGCACCACCAAAGAGCCGAAAUUGCCUGUAUUCAAUGCCCGCUCUCAAGAACCUCGGCCUCAACUUCUCACUCUCCGAUGCCCACCGAAUCGCCAGCAACAUCCGUCUUCCCGAUCUCACAUGUCUCAGGACAAGACGCAUGGUGUUGGCCAUGGGCCUCGUCGGGCUUCUCCCCGCUCUCAAGGUCCGCGAUAUGCUCAGAGCAGCUGAGACAUUAUGACUUACGCCCAAGGGCCAAGAUGAACGAAAAGCCAUGAAUUUUAUGAUAAUUGGGAUUGUACUACUACGCCAACAUUUGUUAGGCGCGGCGCGUUGGGGAGAGGACCUUUUCUAUAGAUAUACCCGCGUACUUACGCCUGUUUCUCCUUUACCCUUGCCUUCACCUUUGCCUUUUCCUAGGUAUUCACACCAGUCUAAUACAAAUACAAAUACUUCCAACCGUUUCUUUAUCCGUACC